AUGAGAUACAGGUAUCGUUUUGCACGAGAAGCAAUACAAUACAUCGUUAACCUUGUUGCGGACGAAAUAACACCACAAACAAAUAGGAACCUUGCCGUCUUAACGGUAAUGCAAGUCCUCGUUGCCUUCAGAUUAUUUGUUUCGGGUUUGUUUCUGCAUGUGAUCGGAGAUACUUUUCUGGGAUUUGAUAAGUCAACUGUCAGCCGAGUAGUUCGUUUGCGACACUAGCCUUGACUGCGAAGUUAGGCGAUUUCGUAAGCUUUCCGUUCACUCGCGCUGAAGGAAACAAGAUUAAGCAAGGUUUGUUUCGAGUUGGUGGUUUUCCUUGUGCCACUGGGUGCAUCGACGGUACCCACGUUAGAAUAAUAGCCCCUCAGGAAAAUGAACCGGACCUCGUGAACCAGAAAGGAUUUCACUCCAUCAAAGUCCAAGAAAUCUGCGACCAUCGAGGUAAGCAAAUAUGUCUAGCUCUGAUUAUUGGUUUAGCAAAGGACAGCAUGUCCGUUUAACCUCACGCUUUUUUGUGCACACUAUCUCAUGUAAAUAACAGGAGUUAUUUUAUCCUAAAUGUGGGCAUGAAAGCCGUAGAAAUUUCGCAUCCAAUGUGUAACGCUAUUCUGUCACGUUAGGAGCAAUGUGCGACAGAUUGUCUAGAGCACAACAUUUGAACAAACGUGUGAUCACGUGAUUCACGCAGCUACAAUUUAUCUUGUAAACAAGUGAAUGAAAUUCAUUAAAAAUGAUCGAAUCUUCGAACUGUGCUAUUACCCGUUUGAUUCUAUAGCUAUCGGGUGUAAUCGAUUUUGUUUUUUGCAAACGGGUAUUGAGUCUUCCAAAGGUGACAUGACAACAAUGAAAAUAUUCUUCGGUGAUCACUAAAUGUUUUCUUUAACAUGGACAUUUUUUUGGUGAACUGCGUUGGUUCAAGUGCUGGAACAAAGCAUAACAAGCAUAACAGCGCAUUCUCUUGUUAAGUAGCAUUGUCAAAUAACGAGUAAUUUGUCGUUGCUCAAAGAUACAGGCUAAGGAAAGUCUUGAAGUUUACCAUAUCAAGAAAAGGAUAAAUUGCUCCGGGUUAGGGUUGUUAAUUGUUGUUAGUUACGAACUGUAGUUCAUUGUUAGCAGCAAUUACGUUCCGAGUACACUAUUUGGACAAAAUGAAUGAGGUGAUCUCGCGAUUACUACUCCAAGGGAAGACUCGUGCAGAAAUACUUUACACCUAAGCUGUAUCAAAAUUUUGCGUCCACAAUGUAAAACAAAAAUAUUAAAACCAGCUGUAGUGUCUUGAAUACAAUUGAAUUUUGCAGGAGUGUCCACAAAUGUUGUGGCUGGAUGGCCUGGUUCAACUCAUGAUAGCUAUAUUUUCCGGACGUCUGCCAUAGGGAGUAACCUUGAAGGGACUGGUCUCACAGAUGGUGUGCUACACGGGUAUAGUGGCUAUGCAUGCUCUCCAUUCCUCGUGACUCCAUACCUCAACCCCAAAAGACCUUAGGAGGAGCAUUUCAACAGAGCAAACAAUUCCAUAUGCUAUAGUCAGACUUGAGGAUGGCUCCUGACAGGGUAUGCAGCACAAUUGUAGCUUACUGCAUUUUACACAACCUCGCUGUCAACUUAAGGGAACCAGAGUCAGAGGACUUUGACAUGGAUGGUGAAGAGUGUGCUGCUGACCUUCACACCCAGUACCAUGGCUGAGAAACCGGUAAUGUUGUUACAGAACACGCUGCUUAAAACCUUUUUAAAUUUCUACACUGGGAGCUGAAACUCAAACAUACACUUAAUUGCAAUAAUGUUGACACGUACUGUAAAUGGCG